GAGCUGCUUUUAUGUAACCAAAUAACCCUAUAAAUAUACCCUUCACGCCAAAAACCCUAAACCCUCAUAAACCCUAAAUCAGCGUUCCCGUGUCCAAGCACCUCUAAAGCCCUAAUUCUCUGCAAGCAAGAUGGCUUUCACAACCAUUCUUCGCAGAUCAAUUUCAUCUGUAAUGCCUCUUGCGGUGCGUGUGGUUCAAAGAAAUCAUCACCACUCUGCUCUGUUCACUGCUCUUUCCCACGGCUCUCUCUUUCACAAGCCCUCUCUAAGGCCAUUUGCUUCAACGCUUCACUUCUAUUCUUCAUCUGCUAAGAGACCCAGUUCGGAUGAUAAUCUUCUUCGUGUCCUCGAGUCAGAGAUCAAAUACUCUGAGGAAUCCGACGAUCAUGAUGGGAAUGAAGAGGCUCCAGAUGGUUUUCCUUUUGAAAUUCAAGAUAACCCUGGACAACAAACCAUAUCACUAGCAAGAGAGUAUCAGGGCGAAGUCAUCAAAGUUGAAGUUCACAUGCCUGACCUUGUUACUGGAGAGGGUGAUGAUGACAACAAUGAUGAUGAUAAUGAAAAGGGCAACCAAUCCAGCAUCCCUUUGGUUGUUAGUGUUUCAAAGAAAAAUGGACCCCUUCUAGAGUUUGGUUGCACUGCUUUCGCAGAUGAGAUUGCAAUUGAUUCCCUGUCAGUCAAAAAUCCAGAAAUUUCUGAGGAGCAAAUUGCAUACGAGGGGCCUGACUUCACGGAUUUGGAUGAGAAUCUGCAGAAGGCUUUCCACAAGUAUUUGGAGAUUAGAGGAAUUAAACCCAGCACAACCAAUUUCUUGCAUGAGUACAUGAUCAACAAGGACAGCAGAGAAUACUUGUUGUGGUUGAAGAACCUUAAGAAGUUUGUGGAGGCUUAAAAUUUUGCCUGGCACAACAGUUUUGGUAGAAAAAAUUGUAUGGUCUAAACUAUUAGUUUAUUUUUCCUUUUCAAGUUGGAGUCUACCAUUACUACCAUCUCCUUUACUCACCUUAGAAUAAGAUGUUUAGUUAUUAAAAACACUUGCUGAGGGGACAACGUAUCGGAAGGGAACUCAUUGAACCCACAGGAUUGUUGAGCUGUUAUUCCAGACAGAUUAAGUUCAUGAUUUAAAAUGGAAACUUAAGUUUCAUUUCUUUUGC